GUUCAAAACAACUCGGAACUGGGAAUCCAAUCCGACUUCAGUGUGUUAAAAAUAAAUGGGAACUCGCACAACAAAAGGGGCUCUGACUGGAAAAAUAAUAAUUUAAACGGUCAUUCAACUCGGAAUUUCAACUCGUGAACUCGGGCCUCUUUCCAGAGCUCCGACUUUUCACCCUAACGUAAUGAUCUGACAUUGUAUUGUUCCAAGAUCCCAGUGGUUUUGAACGCGCCAUCUUAUCAAAGUGAAAGUUGUUAACGUUAGUCAACACACUGCAACUGCAGCGCUACAAGGAAAUAUAUCGAUUGUUGCAAAAUAUGUUGCCAUAGAACGACAUAUGCAAGGGUAGAAAAAGCCUAGACGAUAACAAAAUGAGCUGUCUGCAAGAUGAAUUUGAGCUGGAGAAAAGUGUCAGGCGGUUCAGGGAGACAUUCCAUGGAAAGAUAGCGGUGGAAAAGGCAACCUUACUGAUGAGACGCUAUGCCAACAAACACCAAAUGGUCACCUGGGCAGUUAUACUGAAGAAAGGCAACGAGCUGGAUGAUGAGGACAGAAAAUGCUUACAGACGGAUCAGGCAGUCAAGAAUGUGGUGCAGAGACUCACAGCUGAGGACAGGGAACCUCAGGUCCCUCCUGCACAACAGCCCCGAGGUAGCAGACAGCCUGAAGACGAUAAUGAUAUCAAGGAGCUGGGAGAGCGUCUGCGGGUCCUGCCUCUCACUGAGAAGAACAAGAGAAUGUUUGAUAAUGCCCAGCGCCACCUCACCCCCUCUGUCCUGCACCAGUUUGCCUGCCAGACCUGUGACAAGGACUGGUGGCGUCGGGUACCCCAGAGGAAGAGGGUAUCUCGCUGUCACCUGUGCAAGAAGAAAUAUGACCCUGUCCCUUAUGACAAAAUGUGGGGUAUUGGAGAGUUCUGCUGCACCAAAUGCACACGCUCCUUCAGGGGCUUUGGGAGGAUGGAUUUGGGCUCCCCCUGCUACUCCUGCCGAACUCUGGUGAUCCCAACAGAGAUUCUUCCUCCACGCAAGGGAGGGGUAGGAGGAGCAGGACCCAGAAAACCUAUCCCACACAGCUGCCUCGCUGAGGACUGUUACAACAGACAAGAGCCCCAUGUUCCUGGGACAGAGUGUGUCCACCCCCGCAGUCGCCAGAGGAACAGGAAGCCUCGCGUGGUCAAUCCCAGCUCCGUCCACAUCAGCUCCGGCUCCACCGUCAACACCUGCCUUAGCCAAGGAAGCCUGGAGAACCUGUAUGACCUCAUCAUGGAUGACAUCAGAGAGGAGAGUGAAGAGGACAACAGUAGUGGUAGCAGCAGCAGCUAGAGCAGCACUGAUGUUACCAGUGACCAACAGUCGUGAGCAGCUUCCAUGCUUCCCCAAUUGUGCUUCCAUCGAUCAGGAUAUGAUCGCUUUUCUUAGGUUCACAUUCAGUGUAAGGAUGGCAUCUCAUAGGCCUACCAACAUGGUAUUGGUUGUACUUUCCUUUCAUUUUAAAAACCAUGAAAAUACUGCUCAAUAUUCACAACAGUCAGAUGAUAUAAGUGAGAUGAUAUAACUAGUUUCAUGUUUUGCUUUUGUCUUUGUUAAUGCUUCUUGAAGUGUUGCCACGUGUUGUUGCUGCUGCUUUGUUAAUGUCUGAAUGAUAAGGGGAGAUUGACCGCACUGGCUACUGCCCAUAAUUCUGGCUUUACUUUUGGUUACGUAUUCAGGAGAUGGCUUUCUAGUAAUGUGUGUGUUCAAAUAGAUUUGUCAUAUCAACUUGAACAAGAAUAUAUUAUAAAACACAAAUAAUGCAUUUUGCCCCCCCCCCCAAAAAAAAACCCAAA